AUGCGUUUCCUACAAGCACUCUUCAUUGCCAUCGGCCUCAUAGCCUUGGCUGAAGCUGCGAAGCAUCACCUUAUCGUUGGUACCUUCAGCACCAACUUCCUCUACACCGUCGAGUAUGACGACGCAGCUGAGACCCUGAAACUCGUCAAGAAUACUACCACUAAUGCAGGUAGCGCCUGGAUCACUCUAAGCCAUGACAAGAAGAACUUGUACGGAACUGACUGGAACGCAGACGAAGCUUCUUUCGUUAGCUACAGCUUGAAAGAUGCCGAGUCUAUUAAGUACGAGGCUAGAGUGUUUGGAGACCCUGAAUGCCGAGGCAAGAAAAGCAUCUUCGUCGCUGCUUAUCCCAAAGCACCCUAUAGUGUGUAUGGCAAUUAUCUCUACGGUGAUGCGAAGUGUGGUAUGGUCAUGUCGGUACAUGAUAAUGGAACUCUCCACGCCGCACUACAACAGUACGAGUACGGGGAUGAUUCUGCUGUAACUGGAACAUCAUUUAGCGCUGAUUCAAAGUACCUCUACUCGGCCGAUGACGGUGGUAACUCAAUCUGGGUCCAUGCCGUCACCGAAAAGGACGGUAGCCUUGACUUCCUCUCGCGAGUUGACAUGCCUGUGAAAGGUGCAGACCCUCGUCAUAUCUUUGCCCAUCCCAAAGGGCAAUACGUCUACACCGUCUGGGAGGGAACUAGCGAAGUCGCGCAGCUAAUGACUAGCGACCUCGGCAAACUAUAUCUCCUACAGCAAACGUAUCCUCUUAUCAAAGACGGUGACAAGGCCUCAGAUUUCUGGGCUCAUGAGGUUGCCCUUUCCGCCAAUAACAAGUACCUUUGGGCAAGCAAUGGUGCAUCUGAUUCGAACCACAAGGGAUACAUUUCAGCUAUCAGUGUCAACGACGAAGGCCUCCUCGGCGACCAGCUCUUCCUCACCCAUACUACGUCAAGCGGUGGUUCUGCCAAUGCUAUUGCCCCAAGCUCGUUUGACGACAGAAUUGUUGCCACAACCGAUAACUCGACAGGCUCUGUUGAGAUAUGGAAGAUGAACGAUGACAAGUCUGGGGUAAAGGUGGUAGCUCAUCUAGAUAUUGACGACGGCGGUGGAUGUUGUGCUAAUGCCGUUUGGUACUCGUAG